UGCCGAGUCGGAGGAGGGGCUCCGGGCGGCACAGUGCGCAGGCGCGAGCGUUCGGGACUCGCGGCGCGCGGCGCUCGGUUGAAGCGGGAGUGAGUUCUGGGCGCGGAGACCCGGCAGCGGGCGAGUGAGCGGGUGACCGGGCGCCUCCUCUGCAGCCAUGGCAGCCCUGCGCUACGCGGGCCUGGACGACACGGACAGCGAGGACGAGCUGCCCCCGGGCUGGGAGCAGAGAACCACCAAGGACGGCUGGGUUUACUAUGCCAAUCACACAGAAGAGAAGACUCAGUGGGAACAUCCGAAAACUGGAAAAAGAAAGCGAAUAGCAGGAGAUAUGCCCUAUGGAUGGGAACAAGAAACUGAUGAGAAUGGACAAGUGUUUUUUGUCGACCACAUAAAUAAAAGAAGUACCUACUUGGACCCAAGACUGGCAUUUACCGUGGACGAUAAUCCUACAAAGCCAACCACCAGACAGAGAUACGACAGCAGCACAACCGCGAUGGAAAUCCUCCAGGGCCGGGAUUUCAGUGGCAAAGUGGUCGUGGUUACCGGAGCGAAUUCGGGAAUAGGGUUUGAAACCGCCAAAACUUUCGCUCUCCAUGGUGCACAUGUGAUCCUGGCCUGCAGGAACAUGACAAGAGCCAAUGAAGCCGUGUCACGCAUUUUAGGAGAAUGGCAUAAAGCCAAGGUAGAAGCAAUGACCCUGGACCUCGCUUUGCUCCAUAGCGUGCAGUAUUUUGCUCAAGCGUUCAAGGCCAAGAAUGUGUCACUUCACGUGCUUGUGUGCAAUGCAGCCGUGUUCGCUCUCCCCUGGAGCCUCACGAAAGAUGGCCUGGAGACCACCUUCCAGGUGAACCACCUGGGCCACUUCUACCUUGUCCAGCUCCUCCAGGACGUCUUGUGCCGCUCAGCCCCUGCCCGGGUCGUCGUGGUCUCCUCGGAGUCCCAUAGAUUUACAGAUAUUAACGAUUCCUCUGGGAAACUAGACUUUAGCCGCCUUUCUCCAUCGAAAAAUGACUACUGGGCCAUGCUGGCUUACAACCGGUCCAAACUCUGUAACAUCCUCUUCUCCAGUGAGCUGCACCGCCGCCUGUCCCCGCGCGGGGUCACGUCGAACGCGGUGCACCCCGGGAACAUGAUGUACUCCUCCCUGCAUCGCGGCUGGUGGGUGUACACGCUGCUCUUCACCUUGGCCAGACCCUUCACCAAGUCCAUGCAACAAGGAGCCGCCACCACCGUCUACUGUGCUGCCGCCCCAGAACUGGAGGGUCUGGGAGGGAUGUACUUCAACAACUGCUGCCGCUGCCUGCCCUCGACGGAAGCCCAGAGCGAAGACACGGCCCGGGCCCUGUGGGCGCUCAGCGAGAGGCUGAUCCAGGAAGGACUUGGCAGCCCGUCCGGCUAAGUGGGCGCUCGGCUAGGAUCAGCACACAUGCCCACCAUUCUUUCGGGAAACAACGCCAUCGCGGAGGUUCACAGCCCCUCAGUGUGUCUGUUCAGCAUCCUGCUUCAAUGUCCUCUUGUUCCUCUCAUCCUAUGCUUAAUAAAAGAACAUGCUUGAAUAGUA